AUGAAACGAAUCCGGCCCCGUGCGCGCGACGAUGCCGCCGCUUCCGAAAUAACCUCGUCUUCGGACGAGUGCUACAAUCCGCUCGUCCCCCACAGUGUUUUGCUCAGUCAUGAUGUGCAACUCCAACACGAACUGCUCCGGGACAACACCACUUCCAUUUUCAUUCAGAUUCUGCACACUCCCCUCCCCCCUACUUCCGGGGGACGCACCCAAGCGGAAACACCCCACCACGAAGAAGACUUGCGCAUGCGACGACAAUCCCUCGCCUCAUCCAUGCAAGCCUCUCAACAGUCCCCCAAGGUGCUCUUGUCCGCAUACGUACAACAACGAGGCAAUCUCGCACGAGUUCUCUCCUCCAUUGAAAAAAAUUCGCGACAAAUUCAACCCAUUAUCCUGACCACCGACGCCUCUUCCGAACACGACGGGCAUUACCCAUUCUCUGCAACCACCACUCUUCCUGACAACGACGAGGACGUGGUCUUGGAGGACGAUGCCGUCCUCUAUUUUCCCGUGGAAGAACUCUUGAACAAUUACAUGGUAUAA